AUGUCCUACUAUGAUAUUGAUUCCGCUCUGACUGAUGCUCAGAAACUGCCGUGCACUUUUGAGCUGGAAGUCCCAGGCCUAGGAAUCCUUGAAGGGAACCCCGGCGAGGAUAUCAAAGCGGGGACCCGCAUCGACCUUCCGCUAUGGUUGGGUGAGAUGCUUUCGAUCGGUGCGCGUCUGGGGACUUCGCGUCUCGUUACUCUCGACAUGCCCGAGGCCCUGUCAGAGCGGGUGAUGAAUGCACUAAAAGCAGACCCCCGCACAGUUGACCUACGCGCACUAGCACCGCACUUCUACAAUCUCAGCGAGCGCAUUCUUGAGAUCUUUGAGGAAGAGGACAUGGUUGAUGUGCUGAGUGAUACCUUCAAGAAACGGGCUGCAGAAAUUGCCGACCACGCCCACAACCCGCGUGGUGCCGUGGGGGAGGGCGUAAAUUUCCUCCGCGGGUUAGACGAGACCGAGCGGCAAUUGUUCCGUGCGGCACACGACCGGGCCAAAGAAAUGCACGCAGGCCGCCAGUCGAGUCUUUGCGUCAAGCAUGCGCAUAACCUGCAGGCCAUGGAUGCACCAGUAAUGGAGAAGGCCAGGCGGAGUUCGGCCGUCAAGCCUCCUGUCAAGCCUCCAGCCUCUCACUCUCAGGCCCCAAUAUAUCAUCCCGAGGCCCCUCCGAGCUCCUGCCCUUCCAAGUCUGGCUCAAGCUCUCAACCCCGUCGUCUUCAGCAUCCGUCGCUUUCUCGUGUCAAGGGCAGAAGCAACAUGUAUACGCCGCCCCAGAUGAGUCCCGACCGGUCAUGGCUGAACGACCAGUCGCCGGUCCGUGGGGGAAGCAGAACACCACCCCAACAGCAGAGAACUCCAACUAAAGGCACACCAACUUUAGUAAAUCCGGCUUCUACUCUUCUUCAAGAUAUGCUCAAGGAACAGCGCGCGCAUCGUGACUCGCGCGGGUCCGCACCCGAAGAUUGGGAGGACAUCCCACGAACUCCCGAAAGACCUCGCACACAGGAAGACGGCACUUUCACGGCCUCAGAAAGGGCGAGAAAAGUCAGCGACGCCUUCUCCGCCGGACUUCGAAAGCCCAAGGAGAUGGCGAUGCGAGAGAUGGAUCAGUACGUUUCCAAAAUGAAUAAACUCAAUUUCGACUUGAAACUCGAGGUUUUUCAUCGCACACAGCAGAUGGGAAACCUAGAGAAAAAAUUGGAACGGAUGAAGUCGAUAGAGGAGGAGUUGACCAAGAUGCAGAGGCUGGAGGAGGAAGUAGAGGAGCUCCGCGAGGCUGAAAAGGAUAAUCGCCGACUUCGGGAGUCAAAUGAAGAGCUUCGCCUGGAGCUGGGAAAACGGGAUCAGGCUGUUACCGAGGCCGUUCAGCUCAUCUGCCAGCUUGAGUCGAAGAUCGAGCAGCUCGAGACUGGUGGGCGGACUUCACAGCUGUCUCCAAGUCGACUGGUCCUCGAUGGCCCAAAUGCCUCGACACCCAAGGCUCAGGCUCAGACCACUUUCGAAAUUCCCGAGAGAACUUCCUCCAGAGGCGGAACUUUGAAAUCUCGAUUGAGUCGGCGCCGAUCGUCCGAUUUGCAGCUGCUUUCCAAGGCACCUUCGUUCUUGCUCGAGGAAAACCAGAACACUGCCGCGCUGCGCAGCCUUUAUGUCCCAGAUGACAACCAGUCCCACUCGGCUUUCAGUGAAAUGACCAAGUCGGAAAGCUAUCACACGAUGGCUGAUGCCACCGAACCGGCAUCUCCUCGGUUGAGUGUACUCAGCGAGGCCAGUGAGUUAAACCUUAUUGAUACAUCGUCAAAAUGGUACGCGUACGACGAACUAGAAAUUCCUGUCAGCAAAGCACUAUCUACCACGAGCAGCCUGGACAGCUAUGUUCCCCCAACUGGACCGGUGGAGAGAAAGGACAAUCAGACCGACAGCUGGAUGCAGUCGCAAACUAUAAUCCAACGAAGACAGAACCGGGCAAUGUCAGAUGCAUCGAAGGUAGUAGUUCCAACUUUCGGAGGCGACUUGUUUACGAGCAAACCCCGAGGCCGCCAGCGCCUCGAUGCCUCGCUGUUUGAGGGCGCAAGGCUUCCUCCCACCCCGGACACUAUGAGCACAGCAUAUGCAGCCGUCCACAACGGUUCAAACGGAAGCAUCGCACCCCCGAAGAGCCCUCCGCAGAGUCGUGAUCAGCUGUUCAGUGGUCCACGCCUGGAGCGUCACCGUUCUGCUGAUGAACUCACGACCCGCCGCAGCAGAGCCGGUAGCGACAUCACAGACAGUAUGCAGACAAAUUGCAGUGACACACCCCGUCUCGAUGGCAGGAAUUCGGAAUCGCCGGUGAUUUAUCCUUUCAACACAGUUGCUUCCAAGGCCAGUGAAUUGCUUGGACCCGGAAGCCCUAACAACCCUGCUCUCGAGUCUUUUGCCGACCUGUUCCACCCACAUAACAUUGACGAAGCAGUGCCUCCGCCAAUUAACCGGAGGACACCCACAAAAUCCCGCGCGUUACAGCAAAGGUCCAUGGAAUUCGAAUCGUCUCCGCCAUUGACCCCGCAGGACUGGCUUGCAGCCGCUCAGAAAACCCCCCGAUCUCGAAAGGAGAAAGCUCGCGGAUUUCGGACCGAACAGCAGGAAGAAGCAGAUCGACAUAUCAUAAGCCAGGCCGCCUUCCACGAUAACGACAGCGUCGACUCGUUCGCCGUUGAGCCUGAAGUCCCUGGUAUCCCAACUCUGAAUAUGGAAGCCCUCGCAAUCCUCGAGAACCCUGCUUCUGAGCGACUUGCUUCUAUUCCCGAGCCUGAGGAUGAAACUGGUCCGGAGCCACGCCGACGCUUCAGCUUCCGCCCUGCUUUCCUCAAUCGCCACAAUGGCCCUCGCCGUCUACAGUCUUCACCAACGCUGAGUGAAUACUUUGAUGAUGAGGAAGAUGGCGCACCCUCCCCCAUUAUUCCGAAGACCAGGAACCCAGGUGGCGCCCCAAGACGUCCCAUGUCGCAGAUUAUCACGAACUCGGCCGACUUGUACUCCAACAUCCCUGCUGCGAUUGAAAACCUCGAGGACAGCCCUCGGGCCUUCCACCAAUCUCUAAUGGAGGCUCGGGAAGGAGGCCAGCCCAUCGAAUCCGCCACAAUAUCAGGCCGUCCAUCAACAUCUCAAAACACAGAACAUAAACGCCGCAGCUCACUAGGAAUCUUCGGCUGGAUGAAGAAUGUCGGCGGCAAACGCUCGGAGCCUGCGCCCCUGGUCAGCGACAAAUUCACAGACGUCGCACCGAAGGAGAACCGGAACCCUGCGCGUCUAAUGAAGGAACCUCCCCAGUUCUCUGUACCUCGUGCUUCUACCCCCGACUCUAUGGACGCACCCACCAUCCGGCCUCGUUCCAUGAUGACCGUCGGGUCCGAUGAUACAACUCGACAGCCUAGGUAUAUGGGUCGCCGGUCUCGUCGAAGCUGA